CUUCUCACACUUUCACGUGGAGUUAUGUUUAUGAUUUUUUUCACCUCCCGGCUGAUUCAUAAUUGGAUGGAGACACCUCUGCAAACACUCAUACACACGCGCGCACUGAUGAAAGUGUGUGUUUUGGAGAGAGAGUGUUUGUGUGUGUGAGUGUGAGAGAGUGUGUGUGUGUGCAUACCAAGAGAAAAAGUCAAGCCACAAAAGAAAGCAUUCAGAGUGGGAGUUGCACGCGGUCGGUCGGUCGGUGGCUCGGUCACCUCCAUGUUUGUUCCUUCUCUCCUCUGCAGACUGAUCUUUGAACCUGAUCUGCUCCAGAUAGUCCGGACUGAUCCCUCAGAGAACUUCAGAGAGAGACACAGAGCAGCAGCUGCAUGAAGUGACUCCACAAAAUCUGCUUUCAGGACCACUAAGACCCGGUUUCUGCUGCCAUGGAUCCGGUUCUGGACUGUGAUCUCUCUGCUCGGACUUCAUGAUGUUUGAGAAGAGCAGAUUCACUCACUGAAGAGGAAAAAACAAACAGCUGCAGAGAUGUCGAACUUUAGUUUUUUAAUAUUGUUGUUGUUGGUCUCUGCGAGUCAGAGUGUGAACGUGACUGAUCAGAGUGGACACAGUUUCCUGGAGGAUAUUUUACGGUAUUAUGGUGAAAAUAAAUCAAUUUCCACGGAGAACCUGGAGGAUUUACUGCUGCUGAUCUCAGCCAGGAGACCUGCCUCUCUCACCGAGCACAAUCCUCUGGAAAACAAGGAGGUGAGGAGAACAACAACAGGGUUUUACUGUAAUAUCUGUUUAUUUCAAGGAGUUGACAUUCAUUUAGAAACCUUCUUAUGUUUAAACUGGCUUACUAACCUCAUUUUUACUGAAUAAUUCAAUGAAAAAAUACCAAUUUGAUUUACUGUCUGUUUAUUAUAAUAUUACAGUAGAAGUUAAACCAUGAUAAAUUCCGUUAUAGGGUACCUUUUUCCGCACUUUUAGACCUCUGUUUGACAAAAAUGUCAUUAAAUCCCUUUUUAUUACAGUUUUAUCCUCAAUAUAUUUUAAUCUUCAACAGUAAUUUGGCCUUUUAUUGUGUAUGUAUCUUGAAAUAUGUUAAAAAGACACAUUUAAUGCCUCAUUUCCAACAUAUAUUUACUUUUGUGUGAAAUGCUUUUGCUUUUUAGUGGUAUUAUUGCAUUUUUGGAUGCAAAAUACUUUACCAAAUUUGCCAUUAAAGCUUAUUUAUGCCCUUUUUCUUAGUUUAGUUGCUUUUUCACAUGUUAUUAUGCCUUUUUGAUAUUAUUAAUGCAUGAAUAGAUUUAAGAUUUGUCACUUUUUACAUGUAGGUUUUGCUAAUUUACCUCUGUCAAUUCAAAAGUGUAGAAAAUGUAUCAGUAAUGCACUUUUUACCCUCUUUUAUAGCAUAAUUCUUUUCUUUCUCACCACAAGAUUUGCUUUAGGAUGUUUGAAUAUAUUUAAAAUGCAAAAAUGUGGGAUGUAAGAUUCAUUCAGACACUUUUUUCCCAGUAUGAAAUAAUUAUAUAUUUUUUCAGAUAGUAGUUUUUGCUUUUUGACGGCUUUGAAACAUAUAAACAUGAGGAAAUGCUCUCCUUAUGCAACUUAAAAACAGAGUUAUUAGUAUUUUUUACUUUUUUAAAUAUUUUAGAUACAUUAACAGGAGCAAAGUUGUGAUGAAACAUGUCAGUAAAGUAGCUUUUAGCCACAAUUUUAUCUAUUAUUUCUUCUUCACUGGUAAUUUUUCAACUUGGUGUUCUUUGUGUAUUUACAACCAAAAAAACAGAUAAAAUAUUUGUGAUCAAGACAGAUUUUUGCAGUUUCUUCUAGUACUAGUAGUUAUAGGUGCAAAAUUGCUCUUAAAUACAAUAAAACCUUAAUGUAGAUGUUACUUUGUGUUUCUUAAUUUAACUUUAUUUGUUGUAGUUAAAUGAUUCAGGAUAAUUGAUAGGAUCUAGUUUUCUCCUCUGCUUGUUGUGUAAAACUUUAAUGUUUGCCUUGUUUUACACUCAAAUAUCAUAUUACGUCACAUCCCUGAGUGCAGGUAUGUGAAAUAAGCACAGAUAGAGCAGAAAACUGGGUAUUAAAGUUAAAGAAUAGAUUAAAAACAGUUAAAAGAGGUGUCUGAUCGUCUCUCUCUGUGUCUCUCAGUGUCCCUCAGUGGAGCAGAUUUUGUCCCACUUUGGCUUCAACAAUGUGAGUCAGCUGACUGUGGGACAUCUGGGCAGGAUCUGCCCCGCCGUGUUGACCCAGGUGCUGCUGCCCUCCUGCCCCUUCACCGCCCCCAAGCCUGAGCCGACUACGCUCGACUACACUGGUGAGUUGCUUCAUCGUGUUAAAGGCUGGUUUAUUUGUUAAACCCCCUGCAAGUCAAAUAAUUCCCGGUUCACGGAGGUUUAAAGCCUUUGAUUGAGUCUGCCGGGACUUUCAUCCACAGUGACAGAUUAUUACUCUGUUACUGCGAAAACUGACGCUGCUGUUAGACUCUGUUUGUCUCUUUCUUUUUGAUUGUGAACUUUAACAACAAGAAGAUGUAGAUUUUCAUGGGAUUAGCUGUGGAGUUGCUGGUUCAAAUCCCUCCUCAUAGAUCUCCCUCUUCUCUUUAUCUUAUCUCUGUUGUUUCUCAUGACUGUUAACUGUCUGCUGCACCUGAAUGCUCUCAUAACAAACCAUUAAAUCCUGUAAAACACGAACAUAAAUCUUUUCUUUAUGGUAAAUGAACAACCACGUCUUUAGAUGUCUCAGUUUUCGUCUCACCACAUUGUCUGUCGCCUUUUUUAUCAUGAAAUUAUCUCCAUUUUAUUGUGUUUUUACCUUAAAAACCAUCAUGUGGGAUUGAUUACACAGCUGUCAUUGCCAAGGCUUAACACUGACUGCUGUUGUUGACUUUUUAAGCCGACAUGGAUUAUGUUGUGAAGUGUGGAAACACCUGUUGACCUCACAGCAGGACAAAUGUUCAGUCAGUGUGGACUGCUCCAUUGAGGUCCAAACACCCAGACUUUUAAUAACUUCCUUUUACACCCAAAAAUAAAUACUUAAUUUGUACGACACAGCUGAAACAGAACGCUUCAGUUUAUGGUGGUGUUAAAAUAUUCACUUGAUUGUUUGUUUUAAUUGAUUUUAAAGGGAAUAUUUUCAUUUAAAGCUCCUGUGAGGAGUUAUGAACCAGGCUGAAAUCAACAUAUACUGUAAUUCUUAAUACCUGGAACUGCUGUGAGGGGGUAGGUGCGCUAAAGAAACAGACUGUGAUGUUUUUCCAGAAUCAGAAUCAGAAUGCCCUUUAUUGUCAUCAUACUGAAAGUACAAUGAGAUUGAAGAGCUUCUCCAUUUCCAGGGCAAUAGAUAAAAAAAGAAAAUAGAGACAGAAUAAAAAGUACAAAAAUAGUUGUGAUAAAAAAGAAUAGGUACAGAUUAUCUAGGUUUAUAUAGAGGCUGAUCAAUCUCACUGUGAGGAGAUUUUCUUGUGAAUUAACAUCAUUUUUACAGGAACAAGACAAAAUCAGCUACAAUAGAGUUACCAUGUUGUCCACAGGGGGCGCCAAAAUCAAGGCAGAAAGUUUCUCACAGGAGGUUUAAGUUCGUGUUGUGUCGUUCAUGAAUGAUCGUUCAAAAGAACCCAGCUGUAGCAAGCUCUUAAAAAAGGCGCGACAGCAGAAGAUAGGGGCGUGUUGUGUUCAAGUGUACCUCGGAGAAAACAAACUUUUUUUUAACUCUGCUAAUUUGCCACCACAACAACUUGCGUACAGUGAACGAAUCACUCACUGAGCUUAAUUCACUGAGUAGAUAAACAACAUACCAUUGGACAGCACACUAAAAACAUCAUGAUUUAUAAACACGUUUGUUUUUACACACCUUUUUGUCAAAUCAACACAGCCACAACACUCGUCUCCUGGUCCCAGAAGAUAUGAUCUGAUCUGAAUCCUGAACCGUUCAGCUGUGUAUCAGUUCGGGAAGUCGGAGUCGCAGGCUCCUCCCACCAAGCGCGGAAUGAUUCGGUGAUUCGUUGAACAAAUCUUUUGAACGAAUCUUUUUAGUGAACUGAUUCUAGUGAUUCAGUACAUCUAAAAGGACUGCCGUGCCCAUCACUACUUCAAGUUACUUAAAGUAGUCGGCGACUAAGAGCGUCCUGCUGUUGCCUGGAUUGCAGGACAGGAUCUACAAAUAGAGUCGCUGUGAUUCGUGGGUUUGCAAUAAAACCGCUCAGAUCUGAUCCUGUUUGAACGUCCUGAUUGAUUCUCAUGUGUAAAUCUGGACUUUCCCCCUCCAUUCAUCUCAGUCCGGCUUAUCUGUCUCCACUCCUCGCUGUGAGAUAAAGACUAAAAAUCUCUGUCACCUCCUCUGGUGGUCCCGACUGUCCUAGUUUGACUCACAGAGCGGCUGACCUCUCGGAUUCACCGCCGUCAGACGCUCCUCCUCUGGGUUGUUGACACUGAUACAGCCAACUGUGACUGUUGUUCGUGAUGCACGCUGUUUUUCCCUCGCACACGUAACAGUAUUUCUCCUCUGAAAAUAAACACUGUAGGGUCUGUAGACGGUGUUUUUGAAGUGUAUGUUGAUAAAACUGUCAAUAUUUCUUUUAAAGACCUUAAAUCAACUAAAAAAAAACAACACUUUGGAACGACAAGGAAGCAGAAACACCAAAUCGAUCAGUCUGAUUGAUUAAAUAUGUCAUCCAUCUUGAGAAGGAAACACAAAGAUUUUAACACCCGUCCAUUAGUGACUGUUUACCCUCCAUAUCUGCCCUGACAGUGUGGGGUUAUGGAUUCCUGGCGGUCACUGUGAUCAACUUGGCGUCUCUUCUCGGACUCCUGCUGAUCCCCUUCACCAAGAAGUCUUACUUCCCCAAAGUGCUGACCUACUUCAUCGGCCUCGCCAUCGGGACGCUCUUCUCCAACGCUGUCCUCCAGCUCAUCCCAGAGGUUUGUAAGAGGUUAAAUAGUUCACAUGAUGAUCAAGAAGAACAAACGAAUCGUAUCUGAAGGUCUCACUGUCUUCCUGUGAACCCGCAGGCCCUCGGUUUUGAUCCCAAAGCCGACAACUAUGUGGCGAAUGCGGUUGGGAUAUUUGGAGGGUUUUACAUCCUCUUCUUCAUGGAGAAGAUCCUAAAAAUGGCGCUCAGGGUCGACAACGAGGUAAGAUAACAGAGUAAUCAGAGAGCUCGUGAUAUGAUUCAUUCCAGUCUUUGUUUAUCGGCUAAUUUGAAAAACAAAUUGCUGAUUACUGUGAAACAAACAACCGUGUACGCGACUCACGUGCAGUUUUUUAUUACUACUCUAAUCAUUUUACACUCGGAGCAGGAACACACGGAUCAGAGAUAGUGUCGAUCAGCAUCUGUAAGCUCCAAACCUAAAAGUGUUGACUUCAAGGUAAAGCAGGGGCACUAAAAUGGAGCAUAAUGGUGGAAAAAAUUGAUCUUAAAUACAAGAAAAGGAUCAAUUUACUUUAAUCUGACACUGAGACACGCUGAGAUUUGAACCACCUGCUCAUUCAUUAUGCUGCUUAUUACCUUCUUCUUCUUCUUCCUCAGUUGCCCCUCUGACAUGUGGCGUCCCCCAAGGGUCAGUUCUGGGUCCCCUGCUAUUCUCCCUCUAUAUGCUACAAUUGGGGUCCAUUUUUAGAAAGCACGGUGUUCCUUUUCACUGUUUUGCUGACGAUGUGCACGUGUAUUUGCCUGUUAAGGUGCAGGUCGUGUUUAACUGCUUGAAUGAUGUCAAGACAUGGAUGGAUCUUAACUUCUUAAAAUUAAAUGAAAACAAAACAGAGGUCAUCCUGUUCGGCCGCCCUGAACUUGGCUCACUUGCACCUUAUAUAGGAUCCCAUGCCAAGAAUCUUGGUUUCAUUAUCGAUGGUCAGUUUAAACUUGACAAACAGGUCAGCGCAGUGGUCAAAUCAAGCUUUUAUCAGCUGAGGCUUCUCGCAAAAGUUAAAUCCUAUUUAAUACAGAAGGACCUUGAAAAAGUUAUCCAUGCUUUUAUCACAUCUCGUUUAGAUUAUCAUAAUUCUGUGUACGUCGGCAUUGGCAAGUCAGAGCUCAACAGCAGCUCGUCUCCUAACUCGGACUAAGAAACGUGAGCACAUAACUCCGGUGUUUUCUUCUCUUCACUGACUCCCUGUUAGGUACAGGAUCGGUUUUAAGAUUCUUUUAUUUGUUUUGAAGUCUCUGAAUGGCCCCAGAAUAUCUGUCUGAUCUUGUUAAAUUGCGGCAGUCCUCCAGAGCCCUGAGGUCAGCUGAUCAGGUGGUUUUAGACAUUCCUCGAUCCUUUUUUAAAUCUAGAGGAGAUCGAGCAUUUUCUGUCAUGGCUCCCACUUUGUGAAACACUUUACCCCGACGGUGCGUACUGCUAACAGCCUUUCCAUUUUUAAAACACUUCUGAAGACGCACCUGGUCACUUUAGCUUUCAGGGAAGCAGUGUUGUUUUUGUUGACAAUGACGUUGACGUAAAACAACACUGCAGAAUACAUGUUUCGCAUUUGACUGACGAAAUGCCCAUGAAUUUUGCAACUCUGUUCAUCGUCCACCGCUAACAUUUUCGUCUCGUCGACGUAAACGCACAUUUGUCUCGUCAUAUUUUAGUCAUCUAGGACUUAUGUUUAGCUCGUCAAUGUCACCUUCAUCGUGAAAAAAAAAGGGGUGUUGAUGAAAUAUUUUCAACCAGUGUUGUUUUCAUUGACGAUGACGUUGACAAAAUAUUUUCGUCAACGUCAUUGUCAACGAAAACAACACUGCUGGGGAGGUAUAGUUACUUUUAUUUAUGUUUUUUAUAUGUUUUAUGCUUUUAUUGUUUUUAUAGUUUUUAUAGUUUCUGGCUAUUUUACCGUAAAGCACUUUGGUAGGCCAAGCUGACAUUGAUAUUGACCAAUACCUACCAAACCUUUCCAUUCAUUAAACUUUGCUUUUCCGUCUUUUCACUUGUUGGUUUCUCUCUUCUUUACUCCUGUGUUUUCUCCCUCUUUCAGCACGGACACAGUCACUUCACUCCCACCGAGACAAAUCAAGAAAACUCGCUCCAAAACGGGGACGUACUGGAUAAGAAGGACUCCAUUAUUUUGACCAACAUCAGCACCAUCGCCACGGACAAGCGCAGCCCGAGCCCGGAGCCCGCGCAUCCAAACGCGACACCUUCUCAGGUAACAUUUCGGGAUAAAGUCGUCUUUGCUUUUCACGAACUCUGGUCCUGACUCUGCAAACAUGUCAUAUUAACCCACUCAGCUGUGCACUCAGUCAUCUUUAUCUAAUGAGUGCCCAGUUAUUGGAAAAACAUAUCGUCUUAUCUGAAGUAAACAUGUGCUUGAUUGAAAUGUGCCAUCCAGCAUAGUCAGCGAUCACGGACACACCUUAUAGGUAUUCAUCAGGCUGUACGGUUAGAUUACAGCGUCUAAAACAUCUUAUCAGUUUGACAGUGUUCCAGUGACAGUGCGUGUCGUACAAAAGGUGCCAGCGUGCAAACAUAAACGGCAUUUUUAAGGGUGGUGGCGUUUCAGUCGGAUUUGGAUUUCCUGCUUCUGUUUUCGCAUCAGCUAACCCGAUCGAGCUGUUAUCAGGGACCAGAGCUGCUGUUAAUAUUUAACAGUUUAAUCUCUCCUGUCGUACGGAGGAGUCUGGCUUUAAAGGAAUCCAAACACUAAACAAACAGACAUACACAGAGGGAUCCAGCAGUGAAAUCAAGAUACAGGCCUUUAGAUCGUUUCCCCUCCUGGUAAAUGCAGGAAUUGUCCGGCCUGAGCACAAAGACUUCUUGUGUAGCUUCGACUAAUAAAAGGGGCGUUUUGUCACUGCAGAGUAUCUAAACCAAGACCCAAAGGCUCUGUUUAUGUCCGCAUGUGCUCAGGUUUCCCAUUAAAAACACUUAAUCCUUUUUAUUUGUCAUUAAAGAGUGCUGAUGGAAAUUCUCGGCAUUCAUUUGGGAAAAAUAUUUCCUCUAGCUGAGACCAGGUGGAUGUGCUUUUUACAUUAAAGCCUGCAGAGUUUAUGAAACUUUGGAUGACAUUGAUUGUUUGUCUUGGAGAAAUCCCCCAUUCACAUCUAAAACUCUGGCCUGAUUCUACUAAAUCCAGUGCAGACAUUUAUAUCUCCCUCAGGAUGAACGAGUCUACUGAUGUAACGGCUGAUUGUGAUCAAAUAACAUCCAUCCCCUCCAGUCUUUCUUCUGAUGUGUUGUUGAACACAGAGCUCCUACGAGGACUUUUUAGCCGGUUAUGAAACAGAUUGAAACUAAUUCUGAUGCCUCCAGAGAAACAACAGAAACAAACCAGACCAACAGAGACAUAACUGAUGAUUUCUAUCCAGACUGCUGUCCCUCUCAUCACCGGGACAGGAGGCUGGAGUCAGAUGAAGUUAAAGACCACAGACUAGAGAGCCUUUGUUUACAUUUUCAACAGACAAGAUUUGCAUAAAAAAACAACCUCUAAAAUUUACAAUGGAGUUUAAGGGCCAUGUAGAGCUGGGCGAUAUAGACCAAAAGUCAUAUCCCGAUAUAUUUAGGCUGAAUAUCGAUGUACGAUAUAUAUCCUGAUAUUGUUUUUGCAAAGUGAGAGCAAAUGUUAAGUCACAGUAAAAGCCAAAAAUGACAUGACAAAAUGACUCUAAUUCCAUUUCUCAUUUAAAAAUAUGUCGAUAUAUUUCUUAUACCGAUAUAUCGCCCAGUCCUAGGGCCAUGACAAUGUCAAGAAAUGAAAAUAAGUCGUAAUAUUACAAGACUACAUGUGUAAAAAGGCGUGAUAUCAUAAAAUAAAGUUGUAAUGUGGCUCCUGUGAUGAUGUAACGACAGGAGUGAUUUGCACAGGCAUACAUAAGAAAACGAAUCACCCACUUCAUAAGCGUGUCUGCUUCACCUUAACGCUGUUGUGGUUUUAGAUCAACAGAGUCAAAAUGUAUAAGGUUCGAGUCAGCAAUGCCAACUGCUCUGAAAAAUAAUGUUUGCUUUUUAUUUCUAAUAACGGCAAAACUAAUCCAAAAGGUUUAUUCGGUCUGACUGUGCAAUUUAUCAAUAAUUCUUAUGUCACAAUCAGUGUGGUUUUUAUUUUUAUUUUUUUAUCUUGACAUGUUUCAUCACAAACUUUCUUAAGUCUUCCUCGGUUGAGUCACAUGAUUUAUAUGACAACCAAACCUCCAUAAAUCAGCUGACAGACGGUCUAAACGUAAAUGAUAUUCACAGACAGCAAAGCUUGUACCAACCACCUCAUCAUCUCCAGGUUCUCUCGGUGCACUGGUGAUUUUUUUUUGUAUGUGGGGUUUUUCCACCUCUGCAUCAGUCUGUACAGGUGUGCUCCCUCUCUUUCUUCUGUCAAUACUGAGGCAGCCAAUCAGUGCACCUCAUUAUCAAAUCAUCCUUUUCCACUCAGGUCACUGCACCGAUGAUGAGGUUAGAAACUGAGAGGCUGCAGGUCCUUCACAGAGGAAACAUUUAUGAUGUUUUUGCGACAGGAGAAAUGUUCAACUUUCGCCCCCUUUCUUCUGGAUGAUUUGAACUUUGGGUUUUGAGCAUACAGUUGUCAUUGCUUCCUAUCUUUUUGACUCUAAAUCCACACAUGCCCGUGUUUACACAUGACUCAUCUUUGCUAAAAUCAAACAGUAGCAUGUCUCCCCCUGUGUGUCUUUAACCAGGAGGUCCAGGUGUCUGAUGUGAUGUGUCACUGGCUCCGUGGAAAACGCAUCUCCAGCAUCAAGACUGUGGCGUGGAUGAUCACUCUGAGCGACGCGCUCCACAAUUUCAUCGAUGGCCUGGCUAUCGGCGCCUCGUUCACCGUGUCCAUACUGACGGGGUUCAGUACGUCCACCGCCAUCGUGUGUGAGGAGUUUCCUCAUGAGCUGGGUGAGGAUUUUACCAUGUUUAAUGAAAUUCACAAGAGUUUUAUAACUUAAAAAGAGUAAAUUAGUGAGAAAAAAUCAGGAUGAGGGGUUUAAAAGAGGAGUUAUGUUUUCAGUCAAACUCAAAGGGCCGUCAGAAAUCUGUGAUCUUUAUUGACCUCUACUGGCAGACUGCAGUAUUACACCAAAACAUGUGCAGAGCAGUAUCUCAGGACUGGUGAUGUUUUUCCUUCAUAAAUAUAUUUAGUUUUUUUUAGCGAGAUCUAAACUAUUUGACCGAACAGCUUUAAAUUCACUCUUUAAUCUGUAGUUUCUAAUAGUUACCUUGUUGUGCGUUUGUUUUCUCCACAGGUGACUUUGUCAUCCUGCUGAAUGCCGGUAUGAGCGUCCCUCAGGCCAUUUUCUUCAACCUACUGUCGGCCGUCUCAUGUUACGUCGGUCUCGUGUUUGGCAUCCUCCUGGGAAGCAACUUUGCCCCCAACGCAAUCUUUGCCAUCGCAGGAGGAAUGUUCCUGUACAUUGCACUGGCAGACAUGGUGAGUCAGGUUACACCCGAGGACACUCCUCGCAUUCUCAUCGCUGCACUUUGUUCCCCCUCAGCACAUCAGACCCCUCUAGCUUACAAUUUUUAGAGUUGCAAUAGUAACGUUUGUUUUAUUUUGAUGGGAUAAAAUGCAAACAGUGCAUGGAUGUUGGCAAAUUCUUGUGAUACAAACCCUUUAGAAACUUAUCAGUCAACACUGUGAUUAAUUAUCUUUCAGCUCCUUGUUUUACUUUAUGCACCAAAGCAUUACUGUUUUAAUCUGGACUGCACUUGCCUACAUUAUAACAGCAUCAAAAUCGGCACAAACAGAAGUCUCAGAUCAACCGAGUGGCCUUAAACUCAACACCUUGUAAACAUGAUUGCUGUAACGGGAAAAAAUGUGUUUUUGGCAAAAAAAAGUUGGACUGAAAUGGAGUCUGGAGAGUGAGUAGCUUCUGUAUAGUGAUUUUUUUCAGCAUGGUGCAUUAUGGUACAUUAUGCUGCCAUCUCUAUGGACCUACAGGAUAGAUUCAAGAGGGGAUGAUAUGGUGUUAUUGGAGGAAUUUGGUUGGGUUGGCAUGUUUAAUUUCUGGAGAAAAAAAUGACUGAAUGGUUGUGAUAUAAGUAAAGAACGAAUAGAGUGCAAUGUUGUUGAGAAGUUUUGUAUUUUCCCAUUCUUGCUUCAGCUGUUUGAUAGUGUUUGGUCUCUUAUGAUGUGUCUUACGUUUCAUUAUCUCAAGUUUUAAUAACACUGUGAACUUUUUGAGAGUUUUGAAGUUUUGUGUUUUCCCAUUCUUGCUUCAGCUGUUUGAUAGUGUUGGGUCUCUUUUGCUGUGUCUUCAUUUUCAUAAUGCAUCAAAAAGUUUUAAUCAGAAUCUUCCUCUGUGGCAGGAUGUGGUUUGACAUUAUCUUGCUAAAAUAUUCUAGUUUAUCCCUAAAAAAGGCAUCAUCUGGAUGUCAGCAAAUGUUUCUCUAAAACUUGUAUAUGCAGUUGGGCAUUAAUGGAGCCCUAACAGGUGUAUAAGCGAGCCUAUCCCAUGUUCACUUAUGCUUCUCUAUCAGUCUGGAAAAGGUGCCAGCAUUUCUGCAUCAUGUUUAUAUAUUGUUUCCUCUUUGCAUGGGGCAGUUUAACCUCCAUUUGUGGAUGCAACACCAUAAAGUGUUUUGGAAUUGAUUCUGAGCCUAUGCAGUGAUUUCCACAACAGAGACAUUCAUUGCUUUCAAUACAGUCCCAAAUUUUUUAUGCACAGGAAAAACUUGUUCGUACAAUCAUUUGUUUUUGAAGGAUUUCAUGCAGAGUUACUUUAGAGGCCUGAAAAUGUACAUGUGUCCACAAACUGACAGUAUCACACUCUUUCUAUAUGUCACAACACAUCGCCCUUGUUUUCACUGCUACACAAUGAGGCCACUGUAUGUCUUUGUCUGUAAAAGAGAUGUUAGAGACAGAGAUCUGAUUGUCGUUGUUUUCGUUCUCAGUUUCCAGAGAUGGACAGUAUAGCGCGGGAACAGAAGGGUACGUCCACCAAGAUCAUCUUCUUCCUGAUCCAGAAUGCAGGGCUGCUCACUGGGUUCACCAUCAUCCUGCUGAUCACCAUGUUUGCAGGAGAGAUCAACCUGGGCUAGGAGGAAGGAAAGGAGGAACAUUCAAGAACAAAAACAAAAAACUGGAAAUAAAACAAGCUGCUUUCAUUUCUGCUUACUCAGGGGGCAGGAAAGUGAAUCUAAGGUGAAUGUUUUGUACAAACAAAACCAAAUGUUUAAAGGGAAAUAAUGCUUUUAUAUCUUUUGACUAUCAAUGUAGUUUAUUCACUGCAAAAAAAGGGAAAAUCUGUACAAUCAUUUGAUGUGUGAACUCUAGUCAAAUUUGUUUUUAUGGAGACAAUAAAUUAUUUUUUCAGUCUUCAUACAAAGUGACAUACUUUGUAUAUUUCUUGUUGCUCGUGAUGCUGUCGUGUAAAUUGAAAUAAGCUGUUGUUGUUACAGUUCUUCAGCCCUGACAGUUUCUGUCAGUGACUCAAUGAUAUUUUAAUUUAAAAAUGUAAAACCAAAACACCAAAGGCAAGUUGAAUUAUCCCUCACUCAUGGACAUUUGCAUUUCCCAACGAUAAACUUCAAAGGUUAAGCAUCAUUUUUCAACUGUCUACGAGGUAUUGAAAAAAAUUGUGAUAUAUCUCUUCACGUAAACACCCGUUGGUACAUUUCAGAGAUUAUUAAAAUAUCAUAAAGGUCCAUGUAUUAUCCGUCCAUCCAUUUUUUAAAACUUUAUUACUGAGUUGAAUAAAUGGGAUUUAUGUCUACUUAGGGCUUCCACAUAAAGGAGAGAAAUGUGGAGAAACAAGCUUCCUUUGGCCUUCAUAAACAGAAAUCUCCAUAAACAGACUAUAUAAUCGAUAUUUCUGGUGUCAAAUACAACAAAUCAACUGCCAUUGUCAAAUAAAAGCAAUGAAAAAUGAUCAAA